UAACGGAGUUCAUAAAUAAAGUAAACGAAGACAAAGCCAACAAUGUAACCAUUACAGAAUUUACAGAUGAUAAUAUGGCAUAUGCACCAAACGAUCAGCAGGGAACCGUGAACUCACCCACGCUGUUCAACAUUUUUACAAGCCACAUCCUGAAUGCGUGCAAAUUAAACCACAACAACAACACCUAUUCAAUCGCAUAUGCAGAUGACCUCAUCAUCUAUGUCGCGGCAAAAUAUCCGAAAGAGCUAAAGGAACGACUAGAAACAAUAGUUAACAAAAUCAAUAACCUAUACGCGAGAUGGAACCUACGCGUCGGCCCAGGGAAAUGCGAAACCAUCGUUUUCAGGAAACCUGCCAUGUUUGUAACAAAAUCCAAAAGAAUAAAUAAUGAUAGAUUUAUUAUAGAAACAUUUCAUCCAGAAACUCGUGAAAACAUCAAAGUUCCCACUGUCAACUCCGUUAAAUACCUAGGCAUGGACAUCGACUAUUUAGCAAAGUGCAAUACUCAUCUCCCUGGGCUAGACUCGCAACUCAAAAAAGCACGUAAUUCAUACAGAUCUCUUGGCAGGCUUUUUCACAAUAAAUUCAUCACACCACGAGCAAAGAUAAUCUGUUAUCAACUACUUGUACGUCCACUACUAACAUACGCAGCUCCUGUAUGCUGGAACAUUGGCGCAGCACACAUGGAGAAGUUAAGAAUGUUUGAAAGAUCCUGCCUAAGAACUGCUUUAGUAGAUAAGCAAGGCCGAGAAAGAGUAAGUAACAAAGAGCUGUACAACGCGGCGAAAAUUCCUAGAAUCGACAACCACAGAAUAAAACUCACCAGAGACUACUACAGCAAGUUGAACAUCAUCAACAACGAGUUAAUCAAAAAGCUCAAAUAUGUCAAUGGUGAUAUUCUUACCAACGCCCAAAAAGGUCUGCUACAACCACAAGCAUUUACAACUCUGGAUAAGCUUGGAAUAAUUCAAGACAGUAUGAACAUACCCAUUCUGUACCACAAGAGCAGACACAAAAGCAACAAGGUGCUCGAUUUAAGGAAUUUCAAAAAUAAGCCUAAA